GGCAACGCGAAGGAAGGGGCCGCUCCUUCCUGUCCGCCUCGGCCUGAGACGGGGAAGCGCGGCUGGGCCUGGCCCUGAGCCGAGGCGCCGCUGCCGGCUCGGGUACCGGCGCCAUGUUCCGCCGCAAGCUGUCGGCGCUCGACUACCACAACCCGGCCGGCUUCAACUGCAGGGAUGAAACAGAAUUCAGAAAUUUUAUUGUCUGGCUUGAAGACCAGAAAAUCAGACACUACAAGAUUGAAGACCGCGGGAACUUGAGAAACAUACACAGCGAUGAUUGGCCCAAAUCUUUUGAAAAGUAUAUGAAGGAUGUAAACUGUCCCUUCAAAAUACAAGAACGACAAGAAACAGUGGACUGGCUUCUUGGGUUAGCAGUUAGGCUUGAGUAUGGAGAUAAUGCCGAUAAGUAUAAGGACUCUAACCCUGACGGUGCUAAAAAUGCUGACAAUACAGCAAAAAAUGCAGAGCCGCUGAUUAACUUGGAUGUGAAUAAUCCUGAUUUCAAGGCCGGAGUGAUGGCUUUAGCUAAUCUGCUUCAAAUCCAGCGGCACGAUGAUUACUUGGUAAUGCUUAAGGCAAUUCGCAUUUUGGUUCAAGAACGCUUGACGCAGGACGCCAUAGCAAAGGCGAAUCAGUCCAAGGAGGGUUUGCCUGUUGCUUUAGAAAAGCACAUCCUUGGUUUUGACACAGGAGAUGCUGUUCUCAAUGAAGCUGCCCAGAUUCUGCGACUGCUGCAUAUAGAGGAACUCCGAGAGCUGCAAACAAAAAUUAAUGAAGCCAUCGUAGCAGUUCAGGCAAUUAUUGCUGAUCCCAAGACGGACCACAGACUGGGGAAAGUUGGAAGAUGAACACAUUAAAAUUUUAGUCUGUCUGCUUAGUACAAUUAGGAACUAUGUACAACUCUGGCAUGCAGUUUGAAAUGAUAUUAUUUUACUGUUUUGAAAGAAGGCAGAGGAAAUUGAAUUCUGACUGUUUGAGUGAACUACCAUUUUUCUUUAAAUAAAGUUGGGGAAAUAGAGACAAA